AUGUCCCGACAUUACCUUCGCAAAUUAUGUCUCUUUUCGCUGCUCUUGUGGCUGAUAUACAUACUGGUUCACUACAAGGGAAGUAACCGCGACCAGACCCCGACAAAUACUUCCUGGGAGAUUCAUAUUCAGUCCGUAACUCGUUUCGACCUCAAUGGUAGCUAUCACAGUGGUACCAUUGAAAAUGAGACUAUUGAGUCGACAAAAAAGUCGAACAUCCGCAAAUGGUCCAAACCAGACCAGAGGUUUUUUGUUCUCAGCUCCAAGUGUCAAAUGCCGUAUUUGGAUUGGUUUGGCGACGACAUUUGGAAGAUUGUACCGCCCCUUAAGUUCAAGUCUUGCACCAACGAGCCAAGCUUAAUAAGUGCUCUCUAUAAUUCUGAGGAAAAGCAGUACAGACUGCAUAUAAACUACGAUGUGCUUUCUACGCAUUUUUCAAACUAUUCAGAAGUUGCUUGUACUUACAGUGAGAUUGUUCGUGGAACCGAUGACACGUUUUCAUACCUAAUGACAGCCGAUGACUUUGACCAGGAUUGGGCUGUACCAAGUCACUUCUUGGGAGUGGUGGUGCAGUGUCAUGAAGUUGGGAACACGUCAAAUAUCCUCCAAAAGGAUGCCUUCUCGUUCGUCCAACAACCGAAGCACCACGACGACAAAGCCGAUGCCAUUCGAACAACCACGUAUCCCAGCGUGUUUAUCUUCGGAAUCGACAGCAUGUCCAGGAUGAAUUUCCGACGAAUGAUGCCGCUAACCUGGAAAUUUGUUCGCCAACCGGGUUGGUUCGAAUUGGAGGGCUAUAACAAAGUGGCCGACAAUACGCUUCCCAAUCUAAUAGCCAUACUAACGGGGGGGAACCCGACGAGAUGGCGACGCCGUUGCGAUUUGCGGACCAAAGGAUGCUUCGACUAUAUGACUUUUUUGUGGAACUUCUUUCACAAUGCAGGCUACCUAACAGCCUACGCCGAGGACAUGACCAGCUUCUCCAUCUUCAACUACUUGAAGUCGGGCUUUAUCCGAAAGCCAGUGGACUUUUACUUGCGGCCCUUUAUGAUUGUCGUUGAACAAAUCCUCAAAUCGGUCGAAUAUCUUGGCUUUAAGUACUGCGUGGGUAGGCGACUCAGUUUCGACUACAUUUUCGACUUUGCCAGGCAGCUCAUCCAGCGUUUUGUCCACGAGAAUCCAAAGCCCCUUUUCGGUUUGUUUUGGACUAGUAGCUUCACGCACGAUGACUUCCGGGGCGGACACCUUUUAGAUGGGCUGUUGGUCGAUUAUCUGAAGGAAUUCGAGGAGUACGGACUGUUUAAUAAGUCCGUAGUUAUCCUGCUGAGCGAUCAUGGCUCCCGUUUUGGAUUCUUGGCCGAGCACUAUACGGGUUUCCUGGAGGAGCGACUGCCCAUGUUACACAUAUACCUACCGCCCUGGUACCGGGAACGCUAUCCAUCGGUGGUAGAGGCCCUGCAGCUGAAUAAGAACCGUCUCUGCUCCAACUACGAUCUCCACCUGGGCAUCCGGCAGCUACUGGAGCAGGUUCGUCCGGGACUCACUUUUGCCGAGCCCUGUGUCGGUUGCAAAUCGAUUCUACGCCCCCUUCCCGUCAACCGGAGCUGCGAGGAGGCCCAGAUACCCCGCCACUGGUGCACCUGCCAGCCCUUCGUCCAGGUGGAGAAGAGCGACUACGUCCAGACACUGGCUAAAGCGGCUGUCUACCGGAUGAACAAGUUCCUGCAAAAACUAAAUCUUGACGGGUACUGCCACCGACUGCACUUAAACCAGAUCCUGAUGGCGGAAAAGGAGUUGCACUUUGAUGAUCGUGGGAAUAGGAUAGCCCCUCCGAAUUUCAUUGACACUUAUCGUCUGGCAUUCAGCACCCUUCCAAAUGACGGUAUGUUUCGGGCCACUAUCCGCACUAGCCCGGGGGACGUGGCAGUCGGCGUCGAGAUGGACUCGAUCAGUCGCCUGAACUCAUACGGGAAUCAAUCCCAUUGUGCUCAGGAUGCAAUGGCCAAGAAAAUAUGCUUCUGCUUCAAGCCUGAGGUCCUGGCUCUGAAACAUCACUAUUCUCGAAAGCCUCAAAAAGUGGUCUAUGAAUAUUUGCAACAUAAUGAAGAUGACUUUUAUGAUGCUAAGGAAGAAAACUUAACUGUUACAACACCUGCUUAA